UAUUUUAAAAUAAUAAUAUUAUAACAGUUGUUAGGAUAGCAUCGGUCUAAGGUGUGGCACUCCCCUAGUUUGCAUAUACAUCUUCGCCGCCGCGCCGGAGCUUCUUCGCCACCAUCUGGUGUUCUCUUUCCCCUCCCUUGGUGGUCCUUUGAAGAUGACGACAAUACGUAGAUUUUGCUGCAACGAUCUUCUUCGUUUUACAAAUGUCAAUCUAGAUCAUCUCACCGAAACUUUUAACAUGUCCUUCUACAUGACCUAUCUAGCACGAUGGCCUGAUUAUUUCCACGUUGCCGAAGGCCCCGGCAAUCGAAUUAUGGGUUACAUUAUGGGUAAAGUAGAGGGGCAAGGAGAAUCUUGGCAUGGUCAUGUAACUGCAGUAACUGUUGCUCCAGAGUAUCGCAGGCAACAGUUAGCCAAGAAACUAAUGCAUCUUCUGGAAGACAUCAGUGACAAUAUUGACAAAGCCUACUUUGUUGAUCUAUUUGUGAGAGCAUCAAAUGCACCAGCCAUCAAGAUGUAUGAAAAGCUUGGCUAUGUGAUUUAUCGACGAGUGCUGCGUUAUUAUUCUGGAGAAGAAGAUGGAUUGGAUAUGAGGAAAGCAUUAUCUCGUGAUGUUGAAAAGAAGUCCAUCAUCCCUCUUAAAAGGCCUAUCACUCCUGAUGAAUUAGAGUAUGACUAAAUUGUUGCAUGAGGAGCUUAUUUUCUGCUUUAAAGAAAAUGUAUUGAUUACUUGUUGUAAGUUAUAUUUUGUUCUACUGUUAACAAACCUCAUUUUGAAAUUUUGAAAUCGUUCUCACCAGUAAUUCUAAUUUUGAAAAAUUUCUUGUAA